AUGUCCUCCGCUGUCCUCAGGCAGGCUUCCCUCGCCGCUCGCUCGGCUUCGCGCAAGUGCGCUUUCUCAACCUCCGCGGUCGCACGGAAGGACCUCAUCCAGGACAUUUAUGUUCAGCAGAUCAAGGCGUACAAGGCUCCCGUAAUGGCCAAGGACGCCCACGUCGGUGUUGUGAAGGCGUACUCCCUCCCUCCCGCGCCCCAAGUGCCCGCCCUCCCCUCCGACCUUGCCGCCGAGCUUUCCGCGUACGACGCCACGGAGCCCACCGUCGCGGAGGUCAAGGCCGCGCCCUCAGCUGACGCCGACGCCGCCCCCACCGGCGCGGACCAGUUCCUUUCGUUCCUCGAGGCGGACGAGCCGGUCGCGCACAAGGAGCACCACUGA